CCCCGCAGGCCUUUAAGUUGCACAAUCUGGACCAGGGUCCGGCAACGACCGUCACCGUCAGCAAGGAGGAUGCCCUGAAGUACUACAGCCAGAUGUACGCGAUCCGUCGCAUGGAAACGGCCGCCGGCAACCUGUACAAGGAGAAGAUCAUCCGUGGAUUCUGCCAUCUGUACUCGGGUCAGGAAGCGUGCGCCGUCGGAAUGCGUGCCGCCAUGCGUCCGGAGGAUUCAUGCAUCACGGCUUACCGUUGCCACGGCUGGUCGUACCUGAUGGGCGUUCCGAUGCAAGGCGUUCUGUCCGAACUGACCGGUCGUCAGGGUGGAUGCGCUCGCGGAAAGGGAGGCAGUAUGCACAUGUAUGCUCGUAACUUCUACGGCGGAAAUGGAAUCGUAGGAGCGCAGGUACCGCUCGGAGUCGGAAUUGGCAUGGCUGCCAAGUACAACGGUUCGAAGGGAGUUUGCAUCGCUGCCUACGGAGAUGGUGCUGCCAAUCAGGGUCAGUUGUUUGAGGUUUACAACAUGGCUAAGCUGUGGGGUGCGCCGGUCAUUUUCGUGUGCGAGAACAAUGGCUACGGUAUGGGAACCAGUGCGGAACGUGCCUCGGCUAAUGUGAACUACUACACCAGGGGAGAUACCGUGCCCGGAAUCUGGGUCGACGGUAUGGACGUUUUGGCCGUUCGUGAAGCUACCCAGUUUGCAAUUGAGCAUUGCAACAGCGGAAAGGGGCCGAUUCUGCUGGAGACGGCUACCUACCGCUAUUCGGGUCAUUCCAUGUCCGAUCCAGGAACGAGCUACCGAUCGCGUGAUGAAAUCGCCGAAGUCCGUCAGACUCGUGAUCCAAUCACGUCGCUGCGGGAGAAGAUUCUGACAAACGAACUGGCCACCACCGAGGAACUGAAGGAAAUCGAAUCGAAGCUCCGGGGCGAAGUGGAUUCUGCGACGAAGGCAGCAAAGGCCGACAAGGAAAUCGCAGUCGAUGAGCUGUGUGCGGAUAUCUACGCUAAGCCGGAUAAUACCACCGCUAUUAGGAAUACGAUGCCAUUGAUGGAACUCUCCCACAAGCGCCUUGGUAAGGCAGUGAACCUGUGAAAUGUUUUCCAAACUGCCACGAGCAUCACUUCCAUUAUUGAUAUUGAAGGGAAUGGAAGCAAACGAAACAUGUUUUAAUCUCAUAAGCGCACGAUUAGGUUGAUUUUAUUUUAGCUCAAAGCAAACACGAUCACCCAUUUACGAUUGGUAUAGAAAAGACGCGCCGAUAUCGAUCAUAAAAUUUCAACGAAAAACAAACAUUCUAUCCAAUAAACAACCACAACACACUCAACACGGGUUUCCAGGCAUUUAAGUUUGUGUUUCUGUUCUUGUAGCGAUUAUUGUUGUUCGCGCCGCUCUUUGUAAAAAUAAGGGUCAUUCGAAUAUCAGUGC